UACAAUAUGUCUGUGAAGAGAGUUGAGUGCCUAAGUUUAGUUGAGGAUUACGCAACAAUCGAAUGUUCGGUCAGACUGAGAAAUCGUACCACAACUUUCAACAGGAUCACAUUUAUUUUAAACUACGAUGUAAAUCCCAUUUUCAGAUUUACUCUCUUCUAUAAAUUUUCAAAUGGUAUGUAUCGCAAAUUUCUGGUUGACAUUACAGAGGAUUUAUGUGGAUACAUUGAGGGAAAGAGAUUUGCUCCUUUAAUGAAUCUCCUUUGGGGCUCUGUAACGAACUAUACCAAUAUUGAGGGUUGCCCAUUAAAGAAGGGCGUCGAAUACUAUAUCAAAGAUUUUGUAUUUGAUCCUUCGGUAUUUCCACCAGGAGCAAUUUCGGGCCAAUAUCGGGUUGAUAUCAGAACGGUAAAUGCUAUCGAUAGAAAGAAAAUAUUUCUCAUACAAGGUUAUGCAGAAGUAGAAAGUUUACUAUGAGAGCAACUUCCAAUGCACCUUAGCGAAUCAAUUAAUACC